ACUACGUUUCCCGAGGUGCAUGGCGUGCGCCGCGCCUGCGCACCAGCUCGCCACCAGCGGGGAGGGCUUGCGCGUUCUCGUGCGGUGAUGGCGGUGCGUGGACGCGCGGCGGCGGUAGCAGCAGCAGCAAUGGCUGCUGUGGAUCGGCGGCUGCCGAGUCUCGAUGAUUUCGCGGGGCAGAGCUGGAGUGCCUGGGUGGAGAGAGCUGGGCCGCCUGCUGCCGAGACAGGAGCUGAACUUGAAGAAAACAGUCGGAAUGGGAGCAAGAAGCUGGAUGCAAUGACCCUUAUCAAAGAAGACAUGUCUAUCUUUGGUCACUGCCCUGCUCAUGAUGAGUUCUACCUGGUGGUGUGUAACCAUUGUGGCCAAGUGGUCAAACCUCAAGCCUUUCAGAAGCACUGCGAGAGACGACAUGGACCUCUCAACAAACUCUAUGGCCGGGUGCAGUCCUCUUCAAAUUUACAGAAGUUCCAUGCAGUCAAUGGACGAUUCCUCGGCAGUGGGGGUCAUGGAUCCACCAAGUCUUGGCGGGAAAAAAACCAGAGCUCCUUCAGUCAAGCCCAGCACAUGACAGAGAGGACAGAUAAGAUGCCAAAGGACAACCUCUGCUUGUUUGUGCCUGUCGUGAACCUUGAGAAGAUUCCCAGCCUCCCAAAGUCAGAUGGGGAGGGAGUCAAGGUGCCCCCCAAACCUCCUGAUUCUACUGUCCCCAGACAGUCUUCUGCCAGCUCAAAAGAGAACCCGGGGAAGCCCUCCACUGUCGUACCACCAAAAGAACCCGCAGCAUCAGCCAAAGGAGGCGGCAGUUCCACCAUGCCUGCUGAUGGCUUCAGCAGGAAACUGGAGAAUGCUCCCACUUUGAGUGAGAAAGAGCUGGGUGCUGUGAAAACUCUGAAGAAGAUGCCCCGGAAAGAAUGCGAUUUAAACAGACAGUGUGGGGUGGUGAACCCAGAAACCAAGAAGGUUUGCACUCGAUUACUAACCUGCAAGAUCCAUUCUGUGCAUCAGCGUCGCGAAGUGCAGGGGCGUGCCAAAGACUUUGAUGUCUUAGUGGCUGAGCUGAAGGCAAGUGCCCGGAAGGGGGAGCCCCCCAAAGACAAGAGCCCCGGGAGGAAAGAAGUGGCCCCUGAACGACUCUCGCAGGACUCUGCUUCACUGUCACAGACGUCGCUGGCCCUGCCCAAUACUUCGCCUUGCCGUCUGAAGCAACCGUCCUCCCACUGUGCACUUUCCAGGUCUCGGGUUUCCUCAGAGAGCGACCCUGAUGAUCUGCCUGUCACCUCUGGAGAAGUUGACCACCAGCUCUAUUCUUUCCCAGUGCCCAAGAGUGCUGGAAGGGCUUCCAGUGAAGAGAGUGAAGAUGAUGCAGUGGAGGAUUCCCGCAAGUUGGACUGCCAUUAUGCAACACGACCACCGCGUCCCCAGGCAUUCUGCACUUUUGGAAGUAGGCUGGUGAGCCCGGGGUGUUACAUGUUCAGUAGACGGAUGGAUCGAUUCUGCUCUGCACUCAGUUCUAUGCUGCAGAGACAUCUCAGUUCACACAUGUGGAAAAGGAUCCCUCCAGCUGCUGAUCACCAGAUUCUCUCCGCACCAUCUGCUGUGCUUCUGGGCUUCUCCACUUCCAGCACCUCCCCGAGUUGCAGCUCCUCUCUGGUUUGCAGCUUCCCCCACAGCCUUCCAGGGCGGACCUCUGUGUCUGGUGCAGCUUCAGCCACACUAGCCUCCCGGGACAGUCGCAGCCACCACAGUUCGAACUAUGCAGUGGGCUCGCCUCAUGCUGCAGCUGCCUGUAGCCAGUCAGACUGCAUUGGGGGGAGCCAGUCCAUCACCUCCCCACUCCCGGCCCAUACCCCGUCACCAUCCUUCAGCAAGUUGCCUUUGACGAAGGCCAGCAAAUCUUCUAAAGCCAAGGAGACAGCUGGCAACGUGGAACCAGAGGUCUUGGCCCGGAAGCGCAAGCAAUCUCCCUCUGCUCCCACUAGCCCACCCUACAAACAGACUUGCUUCCUGGAACUGGGCAAGAGUAAGGCAGCUGGCUGCCAGAUCUCCCACCCCCCCACCAAGGCCAAGCCAUCUGUGAUUCCCUCCUCUGCUCUUUCCCUGAAUGGAACUGUCUCGGCAGGUGCCAGAAUCAAGAAGGUCAGCCAUCUGGACUGCAGGGCUUCCAGCCAUGUACCAGUCAAAGCCUCACAACUGGAGAACCGGGGCUCCUCACUAAAUGGGCCCAAGGCAUUGCCAGCCAGCUGCAUCUCUGAUGAGGAGGCCAAGAGGCGCAAGAACACAGCCACUUACUGCAGGCCAGUGAAGGCCAAGCACUCCCCAUCGUCCUUGCCUUCCUCCUCUUCAUCUGAUUUGAGGGGCUCUGUCCGAAGGAAGAAGCCGGUUGUCUCCUUGGGUUUUGAGGAGAAGCAGAACACAAUGAAGUCAAAAGCGCAUUAACAGCAAGUGCCUGCAUUCUGCAGAAGGAGCCAACAGUCUGAGAACUCUAUCCCUGGGCCCGAUUCAAAGCCUCUUUUCUUUUUAUAACUUUAUAGUAUUUUUUUAAAAGAAAAAAUCCUCUGAAAUAA